AUGGCCACCAUCCCUACGCCCUCGCUCCCCUUUGUCGAGACCAAGCUCAACUUCCUGCCGCCCACCGACGCCAAGCCCUUCGUGCUCGUCGAUCCUGCGGCCAAUCCCUCGCUCCCGCGCACCAAUUUCGAGGAGGAGUGGGUGCCGGCGCGGGUCUACAACGCUCGCCCGCUGCUCGAGCAGGGCAGCGCCGACGAAAAGCCGACUCUCGACCGGGAGGGCUUCACGCUGGAGCCCCACAACACGCACGUGAAGGACUUCUACGAUGACGCCCAUGUGCAGGAGCACUACUACCCCGAGGUGAUCGAGCUGGUGAAGGCCAUCACGGGCGCCAGCGACGUGCAGGUGUUCGACCACACCGUCCGUGCGCCCAAGGAGAAGGGCCGUCGCGAGGCCGUGCACCGGGUGCACAACGACUACACCGUCAAGUCAGGUCCGCAGCGCGUGAAGGACCUCACCAGCGACCCGGAGAAGCUGGCCACGAGGCUCAACAAUCGCUUCGCCUUCAUCAACGUGUGGCGGUCCAUCAGCGCGUCGCCCGUCGAAGAGCUCCCGCUGGCCGUCAGCGACGCGCGCACCAUCAAACGCGAGGACUUCGUCGCCACGGACCUCGUCUACAGCGACCGCACGGGCGAGGUCUACUCCGUCCGCCACCAGCCCGACCAGCAGUACUACUACUUCCCGCACAUGCACAAGAACGAGGCGCUCUUGCUCAAGGUCUACGACUCGGUCGACGACGGCGAGACGGCGCGCUUCGUGGCCCACACCGCCUUCCGCGACCCGACGUCGCCCGCUGACCCGAAGCCAAGGGAGAGCAUCGAAGUGCGCACCAUCGCCUUCUUCGCACCCUCCUCCCCGACCAUCGAACACCAGUAG